AUGGGGGGAGAUAACACGAACUGUUUCCACACCGAACGCACGCUCCAGGGAACUCUGGAUGCAUACACACACAGGGUGAUACCGAGUCAAGUGCUAGUGGAGUUUUGGGAAUCACAGGGAGUGAUGGGAAGCCAGUGUCUCCUUACUGACUUGGGAUUUCCCAUCCCAGGCUCAGUGAAACUCCUCGACCUCACUGAAAUGCUUGAGGAGGAAGUCAGGUCUCUUCAAAACACUAUCAAGCACCUUCCCGUCGUUGCCAUCUUGGUCUCCUACAGGCAGGAAGUCCGUCAUCUCAGGAGGGUGUUAUGUGUGAUGCAAGGCGAAAAGAACAAGCUUCGUAGUGACCUGUCAGAGGCAAAUGAGAGGGCCUGUCUACUUGCCCAGGAAGUAGAUGAGCACAAUGCCAAGAUGGAGAAGAUUUCGAGGCAGCAGCUCAGGCAUGGGAUUCAUUGGAUGAGCAUCGAGCAGAAGUUCCAAGAAGAAGUGCGGGAGUUGAAGAGACAGUUGAGGCAAGAAGCAGAAAAUGGGGAUCUUGAAGAUGAGGCUGACCACAAGAGACACCGGGCUGAGGAGCAGCGGCUUCACUCCCUGCUUCACAACUCUCAUGCUGAGGUGAAGAGACUCGAGGUGGAGAACAAGGAGCUGGAGGAACAACUAGAAGAGCUUCAGCGACUAGCCACUCAGCAUAAGAGGGAACUCCAAGAGGUCUCUCGACUGAGAGAGAAGAUCUCAGAGUUGGAGAGAUCCCAAGAUGUAAUGCAGGAAUCUCAUCUGGACGAACUCCAUGUUCAACUGGCUCAGCUGGCAGCUGAGAACAAGCGCCUCUUGGAUCGAAAUGAUGAAUUGACUUCUGUCAUUGAGGCUCUGAGGAGUAGAACUUCUGCUGCCAGGCGGUGGAGCAGUCCUAUGCCAGGAAUGUCAUCAGGAAGCUGUUCAGGUGUGAAGCGAAGCACUGCUGGUGCGUGCAUCGGAGAAGAGGACAUUCCCAGUGAAGACGAAAGUCCAAGAGUUGGCAAAUACCCCAAGUGGGCAUCUUCCCUUCCAACUGCAUCUGAACCCCUUGAAAAAGAAUUAUCAAUGGAAAUGCCACAACUCAGCUUGUCUUCAGAUGAGGAUCUCAGCACUGAUGAUGUUGCCAUCUUCCUACCUCCUACACUACAGGCCUCUAGUAUAGACAGUCCAAGGAUGUGUACUUGCAAGCAAGACCCUCCUAAACUCACUGAAACCCAGGCUACUCAGACAGAGGGAAGUCUUCAUUCCACUGCCGAGAAACUCCUUCAGGCAUCUCUUGAAGAUAUUUGCCAGAAACCCAAGAAGUUACCUCCUCAGUCAUAUACUGUCUCCCACCUUGAAGAAAGGAAGGAUCCUGAGGGACAAUGUGAUUCUUUACUCAUUGACCGAGCACGUCUGCAAGCUGUUGUUCAAAAGAUGCCUGAGCACUUACUGAAGGAACUGUUUGGGGAUCGGGGCUGGGAAGAAGUGCUGGGACGCAAGAGGGAGAAAGUCUCAAGCUCAGAAAAUACAGAUCUUGAGGAGAGAUUCAAGGCUGCUCUGAAUGAAUUGGAAUCAGUGCGUCAGAGGGAGUCUCAGGAGCGAUGCAUGCGCACUAUGCUUGAGAGGUGGUGCAAGAAGCUUGAACAGAGGCUGCAAGAGGGCACUUUUGAUGAGAGUCCAAGAAGCCCAGAGUCUUUGAUUUACCAGAUGAAUCCUACUGGGGAUGGAGCCAUUGAUGAACCUUUGUUGAGUCUCUGUGCUGGAUUGCAAGAGCAACUGGACCGAAUCAAGGGAGAGAUCCUCCGCAUGGUCCAAGAAAGGGACCGCUAUGCUUCUGAGAUCUUGGGGCUCAAGGAGAGGUUGCAGGAAGAAAGAGAGUCUGUGAGCUCAAGACAAGAUGCAUCCAUGCAAACUGAUCCCUUGCCUAUAUCUGAGGCACAGUGGGAUACCCGGUGUCAUGAACUGGAGGAGAAGCUGGACUUUCUGCAGGGUGAAUAUGAAGCUUCUGAGGACUACUGGAGCAAUAAGAUUGAGGAGGAACGCUUGUAUUAUGAAGAUCAAAUCAAUGCUCUCUCUGAUCAACUUGGAAGCCUGGUCAAAGAAUUCCAGACAAAGAUUGCAGAAUAUGAGGCUGGACUAGAUGGAAGUGGGAAAUCUGGAAGUGAUUCCAAUGCAAAGUGUCUCCCAGAUAUCCCUGAAUCUCUUCUUGAAGAUCAAGUUCUGGCUGCUGAAGAGGAGAUGGCUGAGCUUCAAGAAGAAGCAGAUCGCCUUCGGGAAGAACGUGACAGCCUGAAGAAAGGACUUGCAUCAAUUCAAGAGGCAUGGAAGCAGCAAGAGGCAGAGAUGAGGAUUCAGAUUCAGCAGGCCCGGGAGUCUCUGCAAUCAGCUGAAAAAGAAUAUGAACUUCGUGUGAGAGAGAUGCGGGCAUCCCUUGAAAGAGAGAUCCAGGUGUGUCAGCAGCAGAUGGAUCAAGAGAGGGAGAAAUCCCUAACCUUGGAAUCUGGCUUACGGGAGACCAAGACAAAGAUGGCUGCUCUUGAGACUGAUGCAGCAGACCUAGAAAGAAAGAGUCAGGAGUUGCUGGACCAGAUCCAGGAGAUGGAGAAAGAGCGACAAAGGACUCGGAAGACCAUGGCCAUCAUGGAAAGACAGCUUUGUGAUCUCCAUGGCCUCGUGCAGCUAGACUCCAAGAGAAAAACUCACCAUGGAGGAAGAGGAUCGGGGACAAGUUGGCCAACAUCUCCAGGCAGGCCAAGGCCCUUGUCCCGUGCUUCUGAACCCAGCUCUCCCUCUAAAGAGUAUGAAGAGAGUCGUCCUGACCCAGUGCUAGUUAACAUGCUGAGGAUGAAGCUCCAGCAACAGGAAGGACAUUGCCGACAACUUGAAACCACUCUCCUUCGACAUCAGGAACAGUCCUCCCAGAUCCUCAAUGAGGUGACAGCCCAUCAUAAUGCAGAAGUGAGAGACCUCCACACUGCCCUGGUGUCAACAAGAAACAAACUUCAUGAUCAGGUCUCCCGCUUCACAUCACAGCAAACACAGCUGGCAGAAUUAGAUCACAUGGUGCGAGACCUUUUCACUGAGAACCAGCGUCUCAUGGGAAUGGUUCAGAGCGUAGGAGCAUGGCAACAGUGGGCUCCUCCAGCAAGUCCAACUUCCUCAGUUCACCAUUGGAGUCCACCUGGUCCAUGGUCUCUGCCACCUCCAGUGAACCCAAAAAUGAUGGCUGGACGAGGUGACCCUAAUGCAUGGUCCUAUGUCUGGUCGUCUCCUGAUGGACGGUUCCACAUUCCUGUGUCACCUCGCAAGGAACCCCACCAUCCUUCCUCCACUUUCUGCUAAGUCCUGGAAUGCCUUUUUUGAAACUCCACCGUCUAGUUACAAUGCCUUGUCAAACAUGCAAGACAAUCACUCAGUCAUCACAUAUCCAGUUACCGUCACGGAGAAAUACGAGGCCUGCACGUUCCGUCCUUGUUCAGACAGGUCCAUUCCUAUGUUUUCGCUUUGGGCUUUCUCCUUCAUUUUGCCUUUCCAUUACCUGCUGCAAGAGGAUACCCUCAGAAGUGUGAUACCUGAUUCUAUUCUUAGAUAGGUUUUAUUUUUCUCUUGAGAAUUCAUUUAUUUCUAAUAUAUCAAGUAUGUACAUAUGUACACGAAUUUACCCAAUAAUCUGUCUGUGAAUUUUGAAGUGUUCAAGUGUGCUGGAGAGGCAUUUUUUUAAAGCCUCAGGCAAGUAUUACAGAUGUCUUGGAUAUUUUCUUGCAUGAGUAUUUGCAUGCAGCAUUGUUUGUUCCUUUCUUGCCCAUCAAGAGUUGAUGAGCAGGUGAUAUCCCCCCCAAAAUGUGAUUUCAUCCCUUGAAUUUGAGCCUUUAGUGCAAUUUCUGCAAGUUGCCUGUUGUUGUGCUUUACUUUCCCAUGGGUGAUAUCAUCCAAACUGUCUAUUAGCUUUCUUCCAUGUUCCCAUUUCCCACAUAGCUCUUGAAAGUUUAGAUAAAAUGUGCAUGCCUAUAAUGCUUGUAGUCACUACUUGAAAGAUGUGGCCUGCAAGUUUCAAUCUUUUCAUGUCUGUGUCAACAGGAGGAGGUUGAAACCGCACCCAUCCAUUCCCUAAAAAUCUGCCUCCAGUACAAAUGAAAAAGUUCCACUGCACGAAUUUUUUUUUUACUUUUGACAUCUAGAGUCUGUGUUAUGACUGGAUAACCAUGAUGGCAGUCUUGAUGGAGGCCAUAUGUGUUUCCAUGUGCAGCUCUUUUUUCUAGAUUUCUCUAGAUUUUUCUAGUGUAUUUUUGCCUGCAGCUAAGUGCAAGAUCUUGAGACCGUUGAAAAAAUGUUCAAUACUUGUACAGGAUGUCCAAAGAGU